UGCAGAGUCUCAGACGCAUCUCUGCAGCAAAGUCCUCACAAAUUUGGGAAUCCCAAUUUCAAGCGGACCUAAUUUCCAAUUCCCCAAACUGUCCCCGAUCCCUUUGUCAUUUUUUCAAAAAGAAAACGGCAAAAUACUUUCCCAAUAAUAUUCCCUUUAAAUGACCAGAAAAGCGGGAGUCUCGGUUAAAGCCAUUGAGAGCGAGAGGAAUGUAGGAGGGGAGGCUUAGGAGUUAGACCUUUUUAGAGAGUGUUUGGAGAGAGAGUGAAAAUAGAAAGGCAAAGUAAGAUAUUUCCGGAAAAAUGACGACGGGGAUAGUGCAAGACCAGAAUCUGGAGAAGCAAAUGGGUUGCAUGGCUGGGUUCCUUCAGAUCUUCGACCGCCACCAGAUUCUCGCCGGGAAACGCUUCUACUCCACCAAACGCCUCCCUCCAUCUUUGGCGGUGGAUUCGACGCCGGAGUCAGAGAAGAGCAUGGAUUCUCCGGAGGUAUCGGGAGAAUUGGAGAAACAACAACAAACGAGAUCGGCACCAUCGCCGGAGAGACUGAAGCAGUCUCAGCUACCGGAGGUCCGAGCUCUGGCGCCGGAGACUGCUACUCCGGUGGAAACUCCGACCAAGUCACCGCUUCCCUUCCCUAUUUUUGAACUGAAAGAAGCCACUAGGACAUCAUGGAAGUUCUGCAAAGAUGCUCCCAGACUUUCUUUGGACAGCCGAGCCGUGGUUGAUGCUAAGGGAAGCUUAAAGCCGAGAGAGAUCCGUACAAACGCUGCAUUUUUGUCAUCUGGUCGAUGCGAUGAAGCGGCGGAGGACAGCGAUAAGCAGCGCAAGUCGCCGAGUGUUAUUGCGCGGCUCAUGGGGCUCGAACCGUUGCCGGAUUCGGAUCCUGAACCGGCCAAGAAAGCGGAGCUCCGGAGAUCCGCUUCGGAGUCCAGGAUUUCCAGAGAUCUGUUCCAGCACCGUUUCGUCGACGGCAACAACAACUUCAACUUCAACUUUCCGAUGAGGCAAACUCAGCAACCGAGUUAUCAGAGUAACAUUCCGAGGAAGGUGGUUGACAACAAUACAGCUAAUGAAACGCACAGUUUCGGUGACAGACGUGUGGAUUCCAGGGGCUUCAGCGCACGGAAUGUGAGAAGUGGGGCAACGAAAGCGGCGCAGUGCAGGGGAAUGGGGCAGAGGAAGAGCUUCUUUGACUCGGCCGACUUCUUUCCUGAGCCGAAACAGAGCGUUUCGAUCUACGGAGAGAUUGAGAAGAGGUUGAAGAUGAGAGGGAUCGAAGAGCCGUCCCAAGAUUUGGAGACUUUGAAGCAUAUCCUCGAAGCUCUGCAGCUCAAAGGUCUCUUGCAUUCGAAGAAACCUUCAAACCAAAUGAACAACAGGAAUUUCGUUUACGAUCAUCGGAGCCUUGAGUCUCCGAUCGUUGUCAUGAAGCCGGCCGCGAGGUCGCCAGUGAAUCGGACGGGUCGGACGGGGAACGACUCUCCGCCUUCAAGCUUUAGAUUGAGAGCCGGAGUUCGGCGGCAUGUGAACGAGACGUUGCCGGCCGUGAGCCCACGCCGUGAAAGGACGGAGAUUGAUCGGAACGGACGGUACCAGACGAGAGAGAGAAACGGGAGCGGCGCGAAUAGCCCGAGUAGAAGAAGACCACCGAGCAUUGAAACGCAGAGGACAUUGAAUGUGAUUGAUUCGGUGGAAAACAAAAGGGUAUCUCCUGUUCAGUCUCCUAAGGUUAGUGCGAGGAGAGUUGGAUCAGAUCAACAAGUCACCACCCGGUCACCGAGGAUGAAACAACUGGUGGCGGAGGACGAGGCAUCCACCACCGUUUCGGAAAGCAGUAUUAGCACUUGCUCACAUACGGAUACAGAGUCCAAGGUGGAGGAUAAUAAGGAGGGUAGGAGCUUGUUAGAGAGGUGCGAUAAGCUGCUUCACAGUAUAGCUGAGAUCACGGCGACCGAGUUGCAGCCGAGUCCAGUCUCGGUGCUUGACUCGUCGUUUUACAAGGACGAUUCGUCAUCGCCUUCCCCAGUGAUGAAACGGAGAAUUGAUUUCAAAGAUCAAUCGGUUGAAUUGGAAGACGAUAUUUGGAGCCUAGCAAUGUCAUCCAUGGAAUCAAAAUCUGAAGGCAAAUCCGGUGAUUGCGAUUAUGUGUACAUAUCGGAGAUCCUCCGAGCUUCAAAUUAUUUACCCCAAGACUCCGAUAUAUUCCUAUUACUUGAGAAGCAACAGUAUCUAAAAGGAAAGGAAAUCUCCGAGGUUCCAAGACAACAAAGAAGGCUUAUUUUCGACACGAUCAAUGAAAUUCUCAAUCGAAACAGAGAAUUGCCACCGUGGAAGCCCAAUUCAUGGACUAAUUCUACUUCAUUGCAACAAAUUUGGUCCGAAUUUCAGAGGAUUGGGGAGACGGAUGCAUCGGAGGACUUGUUCGAGGUUAUCCGCGGGGUGCUAAGAAAGGACCUUUCAGGGGAUGGCAUGAGUGGAUGGCUGGAUUGGCCGAUCGAGAUGUCCGAAGCCGUUUUGGAUAUCGAACGGCUAAUAUUUAAGGAUUUGAUUGGCGAGACCAUCCGAGAUCUCGCUGCUUUUUCAGGGACUUGUAGUAAAGUCUCGGCGCCUCGUAGGAAGCUGGUGUUCUGAACGUGAGGGAACAAAAGGAGGGGCCCACAUAGUUUGUUUGCUUUUGGCGCGCUUUCUUUGGCUUCUUGCUCUCGUUUAUUAAUUUGUUUUUAAGCUUUUACUAUCAGUUUUGUUUGACCCUUUUUUCCAAAGAAAAAGAAAAAAAAAAUUGUGGAAAAUGUUAAAUCUAUGUACUCCUGAGAUUCAGGCAAAAUCUAACCGUUAAUUUUCAAUAUGUAAAAAGGGUGGGAUUAUUGUCAUAUUUGAUCUUUGGAACCACAAUUGAGAAUAUGUAACUUUUCA